AUGGCAACGCGUUUUCAAGAACACUUUCAGAAGACAAGAACAUCGCGACCGAUCGUGGAGCUCCGUUUCGAUUACUGGAGUUUUUCUCUCACACUAUGAAUUGAAACCGUGAUAGGUGGAUCUGGGAGCUACGAAAUGUUGAGCCGUUGUCGCGGCGAGGCGGUGAGGGCUGUCGGAGCCCGGGGGUAUCACGCCCUCAAGCGCCGACCCAAGUCGAACCCCCAAGGAAACAGGAGGAUUUCGCCUCUACUGAUCGCUACUCAGCAGCAACGAGGGAUCUUCUUGGUGGCGCGAGCUCUAAGACACGUUCUGAAACUGCGGUAUCUCGUUCUGGGCGGAACGGUGGCCGGCGCGGCGAAUAUCGCGAACAAGUAUGAAGAAUUCAAGAAGAGUCUCCCAGAUGCCAAGUGGGUUGAGGACCUCUUACCGUCGGAUGAAAGUGUCUCCAAAAUGCGGGAAACCGUGAACAAUGCUAAAUUGAAAAGCGGGGAAGCAUUGACAGAUCGUGUCGCCAGUUUUGUCAACUGGUUGAAUGCAGUUCACUUAGAUUCGCCGGCAUCAGAUCUUAACGGUAAUAAUAUCGAGACCAUGGCGGCAGCAGCUGCAGGACUCUUUGCGGGAGAUGAAAAAGCCCCGCGGCAAAAAACGGACCAGGUAAGGAAUCAGGAACGGAUAAACAGUCUCCAAGACGAGUUGAUCCAUCUCCAAAUGAAAUACCAGAAGGAACUCGAGAAACUAGAGAAAGAGAACAAGGAGCUGCGACGAGAGAUCCUGCUCAUCCGGAAGGGGAAAUCCGCGCACCACGUCAGCAGACGAAGCCUCAAGAAGUCCUUGAUCGACUUGUAUUCGGAAGUUCUGGACGAGCUCAGCGGAUGUGGGUUCGACGUUCAGGACAGCCUCCCAAGGGUGGUCGUGGUCGGCGAUCAGUCUGCGGGAAAGACGUCAGUUUUAGAGAUGAUCGCUCAAGCAAGAAUAUUCCCGCGGGGUGCUGGUGAGAUGAUGACCCGGUCGCCUGUGAAGGUCACUCUUUCGGAAGCAGCCUCACAUGUCGCACAAUUCAGUGAUUCGAGUCGAGAGUACGACCUAACCAAAGAGAAAGAGCUGCAAGACCUGAGACGAGAAAUCGAGUAUAGGAUGCGGCGGAGCGUCGCCGACGGCAAAACGGUCUCGAACGAAGUCAUUUCUCUAAAUGUCAAAGGCCCAGGACUCCAAAGGAUGGUCUUGGUCGAUUUGCCUGGUAUCAUCAGCACGUCGACGACGGAAAUGGCCGAAGGAACUAAGGAAUCUAUAAGGGAAAUGACUGAAUAUUACAUGAACAAUCCGAACGCCAUAAUUCUGUGCAUCCAAGACGGGUCGGUGGACGCUGAGAGAUCGAUGGUGACUGACCUGGUGAGCCGAUCGGAUCCAGAGGGUGCCAGAACAGUAUUCGUGUUGACGAAGGUCGACUUGGCUGAGAAAAACAUGGCCAAUCCCAAUAGGAUAAAAAAGAUCCUGGACGGAAAACUCUUCCCCAUGAAAGCCCUAGGAUAUUUUGCGGUGGUUACGGGGAAGGGGGGCAAGGACGACCGCAUCGAGGAUAUCAAGGCGUACGAGGAGCAAUUCUUCCUAAACAGCAAGCUGUGUCGCGACGGUGUCCUCAAUACGUCGCAGUGCACAACGCAGAAUCUAAGUCUGAGUGUCAGUGAAUGUUUCUGGCGAAUGGUGAGAGACAGCAUCGAGCAGCAGAGUGAAACGUUCAAAGCUCAGAGAUUCAAUUUGGAAGCAGAGUGGAAGAACAAUUUUCCCCGACAGAGGGAACUCGAUCGCGAUGAGCUAUUUGAGCGUGCUAGGAGCGAGUUACUCGACGAAGUCGCUCAUCUCUCCCAGCUUUCGCCCAAAGAAUGGGAGCGAACCCUUCAAAUUCGGCUCUGGCAGGAAGUGGAGAGCCACGUCUUCGACAGCAUAUACUUCCCGGCUGCGCAGACGAGAAACUCCGGGACGUUUAAUACCGCUGCCGACAUAAGACUCAAGCUGUGGGUCGAGAAGAUUCUCCCGAAAGUAUCCAUGGAAGUCGGUUGGUUCGCUCUCAAGGAAACCUUGCAGAAGAUGAUCGAAGCCACGAAGCAAAGCAAGGGUCACGAUCAGAUCUACGAUAAGCUCAUGCUACGAGUCCUCGAAGAAUUGGUCACGAGACACAACUGGGAGGAGAAGUCCAUUGAGACGUUACGUCUGAUCCAGCUGAACGCUCUCGAGGACCGUUGUGUUCACGACAAGCAUCAGUGGGAUACCAGUGUACAGUUCAUGGAAGAAGUUCUCAAGACGAAGUUCACCGAUGCCAAGGAUCGAGUGUAUCAAAUGGUCGGACCGGGAUUCUACGAACAGUGGCUCUACUGGAAGUAUCGAAGUCCCGAGCAAAACGUCAAGUGUGCCAUCAAGACCGAGCUCGAGGCCAUGCUUUUCAGACAGCCUGAGACAUUUUUCAGAGAACACGGCCCUGCUCUGACGCAAGAAGAACUGACAGCCAUCAGAAAAAAUCUUCAGUCGAAAGGCUAUCAGAGCGUAGACUAUAAACAAAUCAAGGAAACCUGGGAUCCUGUCUAUCGCUACCAUUUCUUGAAAUAUGCUUCCGAACGUACGAAGGACUGUAGUCGACUGUUCUACGCCUACCACAAGGGCUCCGAUGAUGAAGCUGCCAAAUGUCCAGACGUUGUGCUUUUUUGGCGAAUACAGAGGAUGAUCCAGACCACAUCGAAUGUCCUCCGUCAACAGGUUAUGAAUCGGGAAACGAAGAGAUUAGAGAAAGAGGUCAAGGAGAUAUUGGAAGACCUCGGCGAAGACACAUCAGUGAAGAAAGAGCUUCUCACGGGGCGACGAGUUGAGCUCGCCGAAGAACUCAAGAGGGUCCGCGCCAUUCAGGAGAAACUAGAAGAGUUCAUAGCUGCGCUCAAUAAAGAAAAGUGAAUUUAAGA